UCUGGACAACGCCAACAUGGCCUUCCUGCUCGUAUACUCUAUGCCAUGACUGAUAAAGAGACUCCACUGGUAGCCAAACUCGAACUGUAUUCGUACAGCUUCAACGUACACAAACUCAAGGGAAGCAAUGGAGAUGAAUGGAACUGGCGGCUAUUAUUUCUCUGCUCAAUCCUUCAGCAUCUCUGAUAUUAUAGUCAUUGUGGCAUAUUUUGUGCUGAAUGUAUUUGUUGGAAUAUGGUCCACAUGCAGAGUAAGCAGGAACACACUCAGUGGAUACUUUCUUGCAGGUAGAAAUAUGGCAUGGUGGCCUAUUGGGGCAUCGUUAUUUGCCAGCAGUGAAGGCUCCGGACUGUUCAUUGGGCUGGCUGGCACUGGGGCAGCUGGAGGAAUUGCUGUGGCUGGAUUUGAGUGGAAUGCCACCUAUGUGCUUUUAAUGCUGGCUUGGAUAUUUGUGCCUGUCUAUAUAUCAUCUGGAAUAGUGACUAUGCCUGAAUACCUUCAAAAGAGAUUUGGCGGGGAAAGGAUCCGGAUGUAUUUAUCUGCCCUAUCACUUCUGUUGUCUGUAUUCACCAAGAUAUCUACAGAUUUGUAUUCAGGAGCCUUGUUUGUGCAAGUGUGCCUUGGAUGGAAUCUCUACUUGUCGACAAUUCUGAUGCUGGUCGUCACAGCUCUCUACACUAUAGCAGGUGGUCUGGCUGCAGUUAUCUACACAGACACUCUCCAGACAGUCAUCAUGAUUAUUGGAACAGUGAUACUGACCAUUGCAGCUUUUAAUAAGAUCGGAGGGUACCACAACUUGGAAAGUGUAUACCUAAAGGCAGUUCCAACAAAGAUUAUUCCCAACACAACGUGCCAUCUCCCCAGGGCAGAUGCCAUGCAUCUGUUCAGAGACCCAGUGACUGGAGAUCUCCCAUGGACCGGCAUGAUCUUUGGACUGAGCAUCCUGGCGAUGUGGUAUUGGUGCACAGAUCAGGUAAUUGUGCAACGGUCACUAUCUGCGAAGAACCUGAGCCAUGCAAAGGGUGGUUCAAUACUGGCAAGCUAUCUCAAAAUGCUGCCUAUGAUUUUCAUUAUAAUGCCCGGGAUGAUCAGCCGUGCCCUCUAUCCAGAUUCAGUUGCCUGUGUUGAUCCUGAAGAAUGUAUAAAGGUGUGUGGCACUGAAGUGGGAUGCUCUAACAUUGCUUUCCCAAAACUCGUGAUUGAGCUGAUGCCUGAUGGCCUACGUGGACUUAUGAUUGCAGUGAUCAUGGCUGCUCUCAUGUCAUCUCUGACGUCAAUAUUUAACAGCAGCAGUACAUUGUUUACCAUGGACAUCUGGAGAAAGAUUCGGAAGGAUGCCAGUGAACGGGAAUUACUGCUGGUUGGAAGGAUUGUGACAGUGAUACUAGUUGCAGUGAGCUUGGUAUGGAUCCCAAUAUUGCAAAGUGCGAACAGCGGACAACUCUUUAACUAUAUUCAGUCGGUGACCAGCUAUUUAGCUCCUCCCGUAACUGCAGUGUUUGUUCUUGCUGUGUUUUGGAAAAGAACUAAUGAACCUGGUGCGUUCUGGGGACUGAUGGUUGGACUAGUGGUUGGCCUGGUGCGAAUGGCCAUGGAGUUUGUGUAUCCCUCGCCACGCUGUGGGGUGUAUGACCUAAGGCCGCUUCUGUUGAAGAAGGUUCACUAUCUCCACUUUGCAGUAAUUCUGUGCACCCUCACGGCUCUAAUCGUUGUGGUAAUCAGCCUGCUGACAAAGCCUCCGCAUGAAAGUCAGUUGAAAAAUGUUACGUGGUGGACAAUUUCACAAGACAGAAGGCAGCCUGACAUCAUCCUUCAAAAGAUAUCUCCAGAACGGCACACCUGGGACAAUAGAACUGAAGGUGCUGAGGAGAUUAUACAACAGAAAUGGUCAUGGAUUAACCUGUUCUGUAGUACUAAGACAAGCAGAGACAACAUGCCUGUUCAAUGUGACCUCACUGAUAUCCAUGAGAACCCAUUUUGGUCCCGAGUGUGUUGUAUAAAUGCAAUCAUUCUCAUGUGUGUGAACAUUUUCCUUUACGCAUACUUCGCUUGAGAAAGAAAAUUACCUGAAAGAAGCCUGGAUGAAAGAGUUUGUGAUGUGAUAUAUGUGGAAAGGAAUAUUCAAUGGUAUAUGUGGAACAAUUGAUUUCACAUCGGUCCCCUCACAAUUGCUCUAUUCACUGUUUUUAAAACUUCCUGUAGUGCUGCAGCCCUCCAAGAUAUAUCCAAAUUUGGCCUCCUGCAUAUUACUGAUUUGAGUUUCUCCAUCAUUAGCAAUGAUGCCUUCAGCUGCCCUGGCCCUAAUCUUUGGGAUUUGCUCUCUAAAUCUCUCUGCCUUUCCAUCUCUCCCUCAUCCUUUAAUAGGCUCUUUGAAGCCUGCCUAUUCAACAAAGCUUUUGCUUGUGAUCAGUGUCAAAUUUUGCUUGAUAAUGCUCAAUGUGAUGUUUCACUACAUUAAAGGAGCUGUAUAAAUGCAAGUUGUUGUUAUACUACUACCUACAGCUUUGAGGCCCUACAGUGUUUAUUCCCAUAAACUGACAAUUAAAAAGUUGCUUUAUUUGGCAAGUACUUACAAGAAAACCUGUCAGAAAUGCUGGGAAGAUGCAACAGUUAAUGAGCAUCUGUGAAGAGAUCAGAAAGUCCUGACUUUUCUGGUGUGUGUCCUGUGUAUUGUUUCUAUUUCAGAUUCCAGUGCAUUUUGGUCUUAAUCUUACUGUUCCAAUGUGAUGUGGGUGACAUGAAUAAUUAUUAAAAUUAACUUUUCUUCAAUA